AUGGAGGCGAAGCGCGAAUGGUUGCUUCGGCGCAAGGGCGAGGACACCUGGACCAAGGCUGAAGUCUUGGCGAUCAUGGCAGAUGUGACUCGUGUACAGCAGUGUGUCCAGGAGGCCGUGAGCCUCCUCGGUCAGACGCACCUCCAAAGCAGGGAGAAGGAACCGCUGAGCUUGAUGGAAGCGCAUGAGCUCGUGCGCACGCAGGGCCUUCCCAAGGAUCCCUUGAAGGACUAUGGGCUUUCCACUGAGACCUUCCAUGAGCUCCUAGGCACCUACCAGGAUGAACCAGAGGUGAUUUUGAGAGCUCAGCAGAUGAUGCAUCCACCAGGACGGGGCGACCGUCAACGAGCACGACAAAUGACAAUCGAGCAGAUUGUGCAAACACAUGAGGCCAUGGGGGCUGUGCUUCGUCGGAUGUUGGAGGAGCUUCGUGCCUUGGAUCCAGCACAGCUGAUGCGCCUGGAGCUACAGCUUCUGGAAGCGACGGCCGAGCUCCUGAGCUACCUCGAAGUGUCGGCCUUGCAGAUCCAUCCCGAGGAUGUCGAAGAGGCGAUCUCCAUGAAUGAGUACCAGCUCCAGAACAACCCGGACUUCAUGAAAAGCAGCGAAGAUCUGGCGAAUCUCAUGCAAGAGCUUCUGGAAGUGACUGAACAGCUUCGGGCCGCGUAG